AUGACUAACCCCUACGCUAACAUAGAGUACGUAAUGGCCAACGUCGUCCCCAUCCAGAACAGCAUAAUGUCAAACAUCAACCGCGGCGACCUAACCGCCAUGUACGACGCCGGCAUCCCCACCCCCAUCAGCGCCACCGUCCAGAGACGGAACCUCCAAAGAGCCCGAUGCAGCGAAGAUCUCCUGCCGCCGAUGACCAGUGCACGCACAUGCCCCAACACCUCCCUCGACCCUCUCCGAAUGAACGAGUGCGAGGGCUACUGGCGCGACCAUCCCCCUCGACCGGAGGGACUACUACCUCCCCUGCGUCAACCCGAUGGGUAUUGGCCUCCACUCACCCUCUGCGAUCCGCACGACGGGCCCCACCACGGACGAUUACCGCAUCCAGGAAUGCCGGGACGAGACGAGCCGGAUCGCGUCGGCCGCGGCCGUGUUGUGCAAGACGCACAGUCUGGCGUUCUUCCGUGA